GCGUUCCCGGAAGUAUCGCGAUGUUGCGUCUCUAGGUUUAGAAACUGUGCUAGUCCACUGCUUAAUAUCUAUGGUGGAAAACGCCAUAUUUUCGAAAUGGCAUAUCUCGAGUUCAAGUUUGAGGACGAAAUAACUAAAUACAUUCGGGAACAAGAAUUGGAAACGUCACUGAAAUUCAUAACAUUGAGAAGGGACAAAAGUUUUGGGCAAAAGGAUGCACAGCCUUUGGCACGGAAAAAACUCAGCUGGGAGAGUAAAAGUAUCCCGUUCAAUGGUGUUCCGUUUCAAGUUGUUGGCACAAAGACGUAUGAAUGCCACCAGGGCAAAGACAGACAGACAAAAGCCAAAGAGAAAUAUGCUGCUGAAAGAGACAAGAAGGAACUUGAAGACCAUACCUUUCUACAGAAACGGAAACUGGUACAAAAUACCAAAAAGGUGGACUGCAAGGCUAUAAUAAACAUCGCCCACGUUAUCCGCUUUCCUGAUUUUAAGAUUGAGGAAAGUACAGUGUGCUCUAAAAAGGAGGCCUCCCAAACUCUGAAGGCAGCACUAAGUGAAACACCCAGCUCCGUGAAGGCAGAGGUUGUCUACUGCGUCAGGUUCCCCUCCCUCUCUGAGCACAGCUCACAUGCAGUUGUUGGCGAGGCAGCUCAUGUUAGGGAAGCUGUAGAUGCCAGGCUGAGAGAGAAGAUUGAGCAGCUGACUCUGUCUGGUGUGAGAAAGAUGACUGAAAUGAAGUGUCAUCUGAACACCUUUGUAGUGGAAGAGCUUUUCCUUGGAGAGCAGCCCCCUCCACCUACUCGCAGGCGCUAUUACCCCACUGACAGUGACAUAAGAAAUGUCAUGUUUAAGACCAAGCGGGCCACCGGAGACUCCAACAUUGACCGUCCAUACGAAGGUCCAUCUGGCAGAGGAAAGAAGAGGUCCUCUAGGAAGCUGUUGCGGUUACGGAGGCAAUGUGCAGGAUAUCUUAAAGAGAUCACAGAACUCACUUAUCAUCUGGAAGAGGAACAGUACGUGACUGACCUGUCUUCACAGCUCAGAAGCGUGUUGCUGGAUAUGAAGGCCCAUGUUCCACAGGAUAAAGACCUUCCACUGACCUUUUCUCCAAGGAAGAGAAAAGCUGAGAUGGACAUGGAUCUCAUUCCAACCAAGAGUGCAUCACACCCUUUCAUAGAUGGGUUAGAACAGCACACAGAGGACAUAGUGAGUGUGGAUACCUUGUUGGCAUUGAGCCUCGGGCUGAGGACCGAGUGUGUGGGUCCUUCCACAAAUUGAGUAUAUUUUGGGUAGUGUAACUUUUAUUUCAACUAAUAUUAGCAUUCUGUCAACACAACUUGAUAAGAAGGGGGGGGGGGUCAAGAGGGGAGAGCAUUCUUAGUUUUGAAUGUUGUUCUGGAGGCAGCGCUGCGGAGUGCUCACUAGCUGGCACAGUCAUAAAAUCUGAUUUUAAACCUAAUUGUUAACCACACUGCUAACCCUCAUUUCUAACCUUAAAUUUGCUUUUUGAUCUUAAUUUGUGUUUGUUUGAUUUUUGACGACAUACAGUGUGUUCGGAAAGUUCAGACACCUUCCCCUCUUAUCCACAUUUUGUUACGUUACAACCUAAUUCUAGAAUGGAUUCAUUUGUUAUUUUUCUCAUUAAUCUACACACAAUACCCUAUGAUGACAUCACAAUACCCCAUGAUGACAUCACAAUACCCCAUGAUGACAUCACAAUACCCCAUGCUGACUAAGCAAAAACAGGUCUAGAAAUGUUAGCAAUUAUUUUAAUUUUGUUAAUAAAAAUGAAAUAUUACAUUUACAUAAGUAUUCAGACCCUUUACUCAGUACUUUGUUGAAGCACCUUUGGCAUCGAUUACAGCCUGGAGUCUUCUUGUGUAUGACGCCAUAAGCUUGGCACACCUGUAUUUGGGCUUUUUCUCCCAUUCUUCUAUGCAGAUCCUGUCAAGCUCUGUCAGGUUUGAUGGGGAGCGUCGCUGCACAGCUAUUUUCAGGUCUCUCCAGAGAUGUUUGAUUGGGUUCAAGUCCGGGCUCUGGCUGGGCCACUCAAGGACAUUCGGAGACUUGUCCCGAAGCCACUCCUAUGUUGUAUUGGCUGUGUGCUUAGGGUCGUUCUCCUGUUGGAAGGUGAACCUUCGCUCCAGUCUGAGGUCCUGAGCGCUCUAGAGCAGGUUUUCAUCAAGGAUCAAAUCAAAUUUAUUUAUAUAGCCCUUUGUACAUCAGCUGAUAUCUCAAAGUGCUGUACAGAAACCCAGCCGAAAACCCCAAACAGCAAGCAAUGCAGGUGUUGAAGCACGUUGGCUAGGAAAAACUCCCUAGAAAGGAUCUCUCUGUACUUCGCUCAGUUCAUCUUUCCCUCGAUCCUGACUUGUCUCCUAGUCCCUGCCUCUGAAAAAACAUCUCCACAGCAUGAUGCUGCCACCACCAUGCUUCACUGUAGGAAUGGUGCCAGGUUUCUUCCAGGUGUGGUGCUUGGCAUUCAGGCCAAAGACUUUAGUCUUGUUUCAUCAGACCAGAGCAUCUUGUUUCUCAUGGUCUGAGAGUCCUUUAGGUGCUCUUUGGCAAAUUCCAAGCGGGCUGUCAUGUGCCUUUUACUGAGGAGUGGCUUCCAUCUGGCCACUACCAUAAAGGCCUGAUUGGUGGAGUGCUGCAGAGAUGGUUGUCCUUCUGGAAGGUUCUCCCAUCUCCACAGAGAAACUCUGGAGCUCUGUCAGAGUGACCAUCAGGUUCUUAAUCACCUCCCUGACCAAGGCCCUUCUCUCCCGAUUUCUCAGUUUGGCCGGGCGGUCAGCUCUAGGAAGAGUGUUGUUGGUUCCAAACUUCUCCUAUUUUAAGAAUAAUGGAGGCCACUGUGUUCUUGGGGACCUUCAAUGCUGCCAACAUUUUUUAGUACCCUUCCCCAGAUCUGUGCCUCGACAAAAUCAUGUCUCGGAGCUCUACAGACAAUUCCUUCAACCUCAUGGCUUGGUUUUUGCUCUGACAUGCACUGUCAACUGUAGGACCUUAUAUAGACUGGACAUGAUUUGGAAAAGCACACACCUAUCAACUGAAUUUACCACAGCUGGCCUCCAAUAAAGUUGUAGAACCAUCUCAAGGAUGAUCAAUGGAAACAGGAUGCACCUGAGCUCAAUUUUGAGACUCAUAGCGAAGGGUUAGAAUAUUUAUUUUUUGCCAACAUUUCUAAAAACCUGUUUUCGCUUUGUCAUUUUGUGUUAUUGUGUGUAGAUUUAAGAGGAACAAUUAUUUUGUCAAUUUUAGAGUAAGGCUGUAAUGUAACAACAUAAACAACAAAAAGUGAAGGGGUAUGAAUACUUUACGAAUUCACUGUAGCCAAUUUGCAGCUGAUCUAUCGAAGGGGAAACGGCUCUGUUUUGCCUCCAGGACAAGAAUCAUGACAAGCGUCAACCUGCUAUCUGAGGUUGGGAGGGGUCUGAAAUAUUGCCUAGCUGGCUAGCCCACCUUUUAACUCAAAUGUUUUUGAAUGUGCUUAAUCAGUUUGUAUCAAAUGUGUUCAUAUGCAGCAGUCUUAACCAUUAGCACAUCCUGUACUGGAUCAAUGUCAUGGCUCUUCUUUUUUUGGUGGGGGGGGGGGGGUAUAGUUUUGCUGGCACAGAGCUGGGGAGUUUUGUUUUACGAUCCCCAGUGUCGUUCUGAAAAGGACGGAAGGAAAAAUACAAGGCCUGACUGAGACUGAAAAGUGAGUUGGUUCGGACGAAAGCGAGGCGGCGAGGGGGACGUUCUGUUUCAGUUCAGAGGGAUUGGAGAGCAGGAACAGUCCAGGGCCAAAGGGAGUGUGAGCAGAGCAUGUUGAGCUUCUGAUACAUACCUUGUUAGGUCCAGGAUGGGACUUGAGGGGUGCAUUAGUUUGGGUUGGGCCUUUUUGCUCUGCUCACGGCCUGGGCAUACAUUACUGUUCAAAAGUUUGGGGUCACAAAAAAAAAAGUGAGUUGGUUAGGAUGAAAACAAGGCAGCGAGGGUGAUGUUCUGUUUCAGUUCAGAGGGAUUUGAGAGUAGGAACAGCCUGGGUAACGGCCUGGGUAACGGCCUGGGUGACGGCCUGGGUGACGGCCUGGGUGACGGCCUGGGUGACGGCCUGGGUGACGGCCUGGGUAACGGCCUGGGUAACGGCCUGGGUAACGGCCUGGGUAACGGCCCGGGGAACGGCCCGGGGAACGGCCCGGGGAACGGCCCGGGUAACAGCCCGGGGAACGGCCCGGGGCCAAAGGGAGUCAUCCAGAACGGUUGUAAAUGUGGGCACGUCCAUAACACGUGAACCAAGGUGCCUCUGUCCUGGAUGCAUCCCCAGCAGUCAGGGGAGGCCAGUAGAACCCGUGGAUGGUUGUCACGGAGAUAGCCUUGACGGCAGCUCUCUUGCAACGGUCUUCGUGUCUUAUUGGACCUCAGUAUGUUUUGCCAUUCUGGUUCGAUUCCAGGCUGUAUCACAGCGGUCUAAGGCACUGCAUCUCAGUGUUUGAAGCGUCACUACAGACACCCUGGUUUGAUUCCAGGCUGUAUCACAGCGGUCUAAGGCACUGCAUCUCAGUGUUUGAAGCGUCACUACAGACACCCUGGUUUGAUUCCAGGCUGUAUCACAGCGGUCUAAGGCACUGCAUCUCAGUGUUUGAAGCGUCACUACAGACACCCUGGUUUGAUUCCAGGCUGUAUCACAGCGGUCUAAGGCACUGCAUCUCAGUGUUUGAAGCGUCACUACAGACACCCUGGUUUGAUUCCAGGCUGUAUCACAGCGGUCUAAGGCACUGCAUCUCAGUGCUUGAGGCGUCACUACAGACACCCUGGUUCGAUUCCAGGCUGUAUCACAACUGGCUGUGAUUGGGAAUCCCAUAGGGUGGCGCACAACGUCGUCCGGGUUUGGCCGGGGUAGGCAGUCAUUGUAUAUAAGAAUUUGUUCUUAACUGACUUGCCUAGUUAAAUAAAGGUUAAAUAAAGUAUUUUCCCAUGCAAUCUGAUUUGGAGACUUAAGGUUGAGUAGAGUAUAUUUAUAAUAUGAGACCUUGUCUCUUUUCCCAUAGUGUUCAAUUAUCUUCAUAGGGAUAUCUGAUGAAAUGGGUGGUCCAGACCCCAGGGAUAUCUGAUGAAACGGGUGGUCCAGACCCCAGGGAUAUCUGAUGAAAUGGGUGGUCCAGACCCCAGGGAUAUCUGAUGAAACGGGUGGUGUAGACCCCAGGGAUAUCUGAUGAAACGGGUGGUCCAGACCCCAGGGCAUAGCAUGUGCCUUUAGCUGUAGGUGUUUCCUGAAGUACAGUGUCUCUGUGUGGACCGUAACAGGGUUGAAGUUUUAUCUUAAAUCAGCCCAAAAAAAACCAGCCAAUUUCAAAAAGUUCUGUGAAACAGUAUUACAUGUAGAUUUUGAAAGUAAAAAUCUAAAAUCAAGAUGUCAAUUGUUUGUCUACAUGCAAUGUAAAAAACAAUGUAGCUAUUGGAGUAAAGCUAUGAGUUAGGGCCAACAUCCAAAACCUUUUUCCCCUCAGGAGACUGAAAAGAUGUGGCAUGGGUUCUCAGAUCCUCAAAAGGUUUUACAGCUGCACCAUCGAGAGCAUCCUGACGGGUUGCAUCACUGCCUGGUACGGCAACUGCUCGGCCUCCGACUGCAAGGCACUACGGAGGGUAGUGCGUACGGCCCAGUACAUCACCGGGGCCAAGCUUCCUGCCAUCCAGGACCUCUAUACCAGGCGGUGUCAGAGGAAGGCCCUAAAAAUUGUCAAAGACUCCAGCCACCCAAGUCAUAGGCUUUUCUCUGUUCCCCGUUUGUCCAAGAGGCUUCAAAACAGCUUCUAUCCUCAAGCCACAAGACUCCUGAACAGCUAAUCAAAUGGCUACCAAGACUAUUUAUUUAUGCAUAGCACUUCAAUAUCCCUAUCUGCAUGUACAUAAUUCCCUCAAUUACCUCGCUCCUUAGGCCCCUGCACAUUGACACAUUGACUCAUUGACUGAGCUGGUACCCCCUGUAUAUAGCCCCGCUAUUGUUAUUUACUGCUGCUCUUUAAUUAUUUGUUUUUCUUAAAACUGCAUUGUUGGUUAAGGGGCUUGUAAGUAAGCAUUUCACUGUGAGGUGUACACCUGUUUCAUUCAGCACGUGUGACUAAUAAAGUUAUAUUUGAUUUGAA